CAGGUCCGGCCGGCUUCGCUUCCUUUUCCCUGCUCUUCCUCCAGGCGCGGUUUGUUUUUUUUGCGGAAGGAGUGGUCCCUGGGCACGCAGAGGGAGAGGGCUACCUGCUCCUGUGGGUGCGAAGAGCCAGGUUUAUUAUACCUGCGAGAUGGAAAAGGUAGAGAAACGUCGUGGUUUCUGCAAGGAAACAAACAAGCAGGCAUCACUUUGCUACUCGGCGGGUGGGAGAACCAAGCUUGAAUUUGUUGUCUGUACUCCAGUUCACUCUUAAUUAUCGCAGCAAGAAAGAAGCCUCAGGUUUUUUCCUUUCCAGGGUAACAAUACUCCCGGGAGGAUGGGGGAGAAGAACAGGCCGCCGCCCCAAGGUAUUUUAGUUUAAAACAUAUUCAACUUUUAUUUUUGAAACUUGACCACAGUGAGAGACCAGACAUGGGGCUUGUAAAAAGCAAGAGCACUUCUUCCACAAACGGAAUGGAAAUCCAGUGCCUGGUGGAUUUGAACCCGUUGCCCGAGGAACUGCUGGAGCUGAUCCUGAGCUGGGUGCCUGCCCGGACACUGGUGACCCACUGCCGCCUGGUGUGCUGCAGGUGGAGGGACCUAAUUGACAGGCCCACAGUCUGGAAACUUCAGUGGGAGAGGGACCCGCGUAUGCACGAUGCCAUUGAAGCUGCCCACCGAUGCCCCCGAAUGGACUUCGCCCGAGUCGGGGUCCUGCGGCCCUUUGGGAGGAACCUUAUCAAGAAUCCCUGUGGGGCAGAGCAGUUUCAACACUGGGUGAUCCAGCAUGGAGGGAAUGGGUGGAGAGUGGAAGAGAACAGACAGCAAGUGGAAGGAGCAGAGGCCCAGACUUGCUUUGCCUCUUCAUACGUGUGGUGUGUAAAAUCUCAGCUGAUUGAUUUGCUGAAAGAAGGUUUUUCGGAGGAGCUCAUGGAUACCUGCCAACCUGAUGUUAUUAUCUGCGACUGGUGGGGUGCCCGGGAAGACUGCGGCUGCAGAUACAAAAUCCGCGUGGGGCUCCUGGCAGUGGAUUGGUCAGUAAUUGCCGAAUUCAGCGCUAAUCCGGAUCCCAUUCCGCAGUGGAACGACGCCCAGUAUCAAAAGGUGUCCCACGUGUUCAGGAGUUAUGGCCCCGGCGUUCGCUACAUCCAGCUCUGGCACAAAGGGGUGGACACACAAUUCUGGGCAGGCCAUUACGGGGCUCGCAUCACAAACACUACGGUCCUGGUAAAACUCUCGCCGGAGCCCGUGCGGUCUCCCACCAGGGUGUUUUUCUCGCUGACUCCAGAACAUAUUCCACCCAGAUCACGUUCUUCCAGGUGGAGCAACAUCCUGAAGUGAUGAGAGGACAUCAUUUACGGCUUACAGAGUUUUGAGAUAUAGGAACCUAAACAUUUUAAAUACAGG